ACUGAAAUGGGACGAAGAAGAAGAAGAAGAGGAGGAGGAGGAGGAGAAGGAAGCGAAGCAAACAAGGUGAUUCCUCGGCACACUGUACGUUCAUACCAGGUUUGCAUUGUGACCUGCAAGCCAAUGUAAGUCGUGUUGAGUGACUGCGUGUGAAAGAGGGACCAUCACCAUCCUCAUGUCCAAUGGAGGAGGCUUUUACGGACGCACUGAGCGUGUCCGCCAGGCGCCCCACUAUGACCAGGUACCACAAGGGUCCUUACCCCGAGCAGACUCCUACGAUCUGCAGCCGCUGAGAGAGCAGAGAGCGGCUCAUCUCGCACAGAGCGCCGACCCCCUCCCGCCCCCGCCUCUGCCAGACCAGCCUCCUGUGGGCCCCGAGUUCGAUCCCAGCGGCAGCGAGGACGCCACCGACCCAGGCCACGACCCCGCACCCGACCCCGCCCUCGACAUUAAACCGGUCCACCGCUUCAUCCCCGACUCCUGGAAGAACUUCUUCAGAGGAAGUAACCACAGCAGUAACAAGCCGUGGUCCAUGUCUGCCGCCUCAUCUAAAAACAACAACGGCACCAGUGAGGGGGUGCGCUGCUCUCCUCCACACUCUCCCUCUGUUCCUGGAUCAUACCGUGAUCCUUAUGGCGGCUCAGGCAGCAGCUACAACUCACGCAAGGAGCUUCUGGAACUACCGGACGCCCAUGAGUCCGUGUCAGGGCGCACCUACCACACAGGUCUGACCUACAGCGAGCGAGUGGAGGAGUACCAUCAGCGCUACGCCUACAUGAAGUCCUGGGCAGGGCUGCUGAGGAUUCUGGGCUGUGUGCAGCUCCUGCUGGGAGCAGCUGUGUUCGCCUGCGUCUGUGCUUACAUCCACAAAGACAACGAGUGGUUCAACAUGUUCGGAUACUCGUCUCCUGGAGGAGCAUAUGGAGGAGGUUUAUACGGUGCUGGCACAGAUGGCACCUACUACACGGGCCCCAAGACCCCGUUUGUGUUGGUGGUGGCAGGGCUGGCCUGGUUGGUGACUGUGAUAAUGUUAGUGCUGGGGAUGACCAUGUACUACCGCACCAUCCUGCUGGACUCCUCCUGGUGGCCUCUGACUGAGUUUACCAUAAACCUGGCGCUGGCAGUGCUGUACAUGGCAGUAGGCAUUGUCUAUGUCCGAGACACAACCCGUGGAGGGCUCUGCUACUACCCGGUCUUCAAUAAUGGCAUCAAUGGGGCGUUCUGCAGAACAGAGGCAGGCCAGACUGCUGCCAUUAUCUUUCUGUUUCUCAAUUUGCUUUUGUAUCUGAUCGGAGCCAUGGUGUGUCUGAAGCUGUGGAGACAUGAAGCUGCACGCAGAUACCGGGAGAGGUACGGCCGGGAGAUGUAUCCUUCCGACACAAGAGCUGCACAAUCAUUGAUGGUUCCAGUUUCAGCUCCUGCACCCAAAGGUCCAGAACAGGUCCAAGGAUCCUCAGUCGUUCCCAUCCAGGCUGCUCCAAAAGCAGUUCCACCAAAGGUUUUGCAGGGAACUAUACCCUCAGGGCACAUUCCAAAACCUGUUGUUGUGCCUGACUACAUUGCUAAGUACCCAACAAUCCGGUCAGAUGAGGAGCGGGACCAGUACCGAGCCGUGUUCAACGACCAGUAUGCAGAGUACAAAGAGCUCCACUCAGAUGUGCAGGUUACUCUCAAGAAGUUUGACGAGAUGGAUGCCAUGAUGCGCAGUCUGCCCCAGAACCCCACCAGCCAGAUGGAGGUUGAUCGCAUUAACAGAAUCCUUCAGGAAUACCGGAGGAAGAAAAAUGACCCUAGUUUCCAUGAGAAGAAGGAGCGCUGCGAGUACCUGAAGAGCAAACUGUCGCACAUCAAACAGAAGAUCCAAGAAUAUGAUAAAGUCAUGGAGUGGAACGACGGAUACAUGAUCCACGAUGAUCCAGUGAUCCACAGUGAUCCAGUCAUUUCAGGUGGAGCAGAGAGAAGGCAGAGACGGAUUUUUUUUCCCACUAAGCUGCACCCAGUGGACCCAGCAGUAAUGUCCUCCAGACCCAAUGGGAGUCCACCUCCCUACGAGUCAGAUACUGGAUAUAAAGUCCCUUCCCAGCCGGCCUACUCCUACUACCCAGAUGACGAGUUCCAGCAUUUCUACCGCUGGACGUCUCCACCAGGCAUCCUCAAAAUCAUGGCCGUCAUCGUCCUCGUGAUGUGCGUGGCCAUAUUUGCUUGUGUUGCCUCCACGCUGGCUUAUGACAGUCAGGGAGCCCUGGGUAGCUUUGGGGGCAUCGGGGGCGUCGGGGGAGGCUAUGGGGCAGGGUACGGAGGAGGCUAUGGCGGCGGCGGGUACAGCAGCUUUGGUGGCAGCGGGUUUGGAGCUGCAAACAACUAUGGCUACAGUUCACUCGGAGGGAACUACUAUGACCCCCAAAAGUCCAAAGGGUUUAUGAUUGCCAUGGCAGCCAUCACCUUCAUCGCAUCCCUGGCCGUCUUCAUCAUCAUCGUGUCUCACCAGAGCCUAACAGAGAGCAGGAGGUUCUACCUAGCGCUGAUGAUCAUCUGCGCCAUCCUUGCGCUGCUAAUGCUAAUAGCCUCCAUAGUGUACUUGAUGGCAGUGAACCCCAUGGCUCAGUCCACUGGAUCGGUCUACGGCAGCCAGAUUGCUGGUCUGUGUGCCCAGUACCAACAACCACAGCUUUCAGGAGUAUUUGUCAAUCAGUACCUGUACCACUACUGUGUCGUGGAGCCACAAGAGGCCAUCGCUGUGGUGUUGGGCUUCCUGGUCGCCGUCGGUCUCAUCAUCAUGCUCGUCUUCGCUCUGAAGACUCGCCAGAAAAUCCAGAACUUUGGCAAGAGCAACAUUUUGUGGAAAAAAGUGAAGCUCGUCGACGAGAUGGAGCCUCCUCAAGACGUAGAGGCGUGGGUGAACAAUGUGUCCGUUUCCCCUGACGCACUCCCAAUGUCGGACUACCCUGAGAAGCUGAGAGGCUCCAGGAGUCACCUGGAUGACGAAAGCACCAACUAUGACAAACCUCCGUACAGCGCCACCCCAUCGCCUACAGUGGAACUGCCUUUGCAAAAUGGGGUUCCCUACAGCAGCAACUCAGAGGUAGGCAGCUCGGCCGAAAGGCCCAAGAAGAGACGGGCCGGCCGGCCGCGUCGCGCUGAUGGACAAGACAACGAGACUGACUAUAACUCCUCAGGAGACGAGCUGGACGACGACGACUUUGACAGUGAAUUUCCUCCCAUAGCAAAUGAGCAGGUGCGCAACGACUACAAGCGUGAAUUUGACCGCGACCACCAGGAGUACAAAGACCUGCAGGCAGAGCUGGACGCCGUCAACAAGAAUCUGUCAGAGGUCGACAGAGAGCUGGAUGAUCUGCAGGAGGGCAGCCCACAGUACCUGGAUGCCUUGGAUGAGUACAACAGGAUAAAGAACGUUAAGAAGUCUCCAGAUUAUCAGAUGAAGAAGCGCAGGUGUAAAUAUCUGAAGUCCAAACUGAGCCACAUCAAGAAGAUGGUCAGCGAUUAUGACCGCAAGGCCUGAACAACUCAAUGAGGAUUUUACGCCUGUCCAAGACAUGGCAGAAAAUUAUCAAAUCUUGUUUUCCGCUGUUGGGGGGGUUUGAGGCUUUUCUGACAACCGCAGACUGUAGAGGACGGAGCUACGCUGAUGUACAUUUCCACAGUUUGUCUGAGCUGGUAGGUGGUGAAACGUUGCAAAGGUUGUUUGUACUUAGGUGGAACAGAAAACAAAUAUUCUGUGUUGGAUUAUGCCACUGUUAAUAUUACAUUUAUCAGCUGCCAUAGAUACUAUUAUAUGUAUUUAUUUUGCCUAAUGUGAUCUGAAAUUGCCUAGUAGAGGAGUUAAGCCACUACAUUGUAAAGUGAAUACAAAUUGUUAGAUAAUCCCAGUUUGGUUUUUUUUUAAUAGCUCUUGCUACAAUGACUCAACAUGUGAUGCUAAUUUUAUACUGUCUUUUAAUUUUAAUUUUUAAUCCAUUCUCAUUUUUAUCAUGUAAAUAUGUGGGAAACACUGAUGUUUUUAGCAGUUUGUGGAAGUAAGUUCACGUGUGUGUGUGUGUUAUUGUAGGUUUCUUUAUGGAUGGUAUAACAAACGGACACUUUCAAAUGAUUAUGCAAGUUUAAUGCAUAGUGAUGUACUUUUACGAUGAUUUGUGAUGCCUUUUUAUUAUAAUAAAUUCAUUUAUUAAACAAUUUUCUUGCUGUUCUUACACAGUAAGCAUUGUGGCUGACAAUGGCUUCUCACAGACAUCCAUUUGGGACUCCUUGAGCAAAUAGCGAGUAAAAACAAUUCCAACUCUCAAACCCUGUUGAUUUAAAGCCACUAUGUGUAGAAUCUUUAAGUGUUCAUAACAUCUUUCAAAUCAUUCUGAAGGCAUUGUGUGUAGAAAAAUAAAGCAGUGUGUGUUUCUGUC